UACUAUUAUUAGGUAUUUCGUAAAUCAUGAGUAACAGUCAGCAGACCAACAGGAACAGGAAUACAUUGUGGAAAUGAACUGUUCCCUGAGGUUGCGUUGCCGAAUCAAGGUUUCGCCAAGGAAUUCCAUUCAUUCAUUGUGAUCUUUCAAGUUUACAAGGCCCCUUGUCAGAAAAAAGGUAGCAGCCCAGAGGAAAACCAGAGUUCAUUUGUGGUAGAAAGCCAUUUCCAAAAAUGAGUGAAUUGCCACAACAGGUAUGGAGAAAAUGAGUAAAUCACAAGGGGAAUUGAAGAUCAUUUUGUUGAUAUGUACUCUAGUGCCAUGGGGAACAUAGAAUCCUCAGUAGUUUCUAAUGCUGCAUCUUCACCAUCAGAUAUUCCUGAAGGUAAUGGAAUUUUCUUUGCUGGAAUACCUUUACCACAUGAGACGUUGAGGUAUAUCUUCUCCUAUGUGCCUGCAAGAGAUCUGAUUGUGUCUGCUACCAGAGUGUGCAAGUACUGGAAUGAUUUACUGUCAGAAACUCAUUUUUGGCUGUAUAAAUUACAGGUUGAUGGAAUUGAUCUACCUGAAGCUACACGUGUAAAAUUAACACAGGAUGCCAGUUUUUCAAAAGGGCUAGAUAUUUUAAGAAUGAUAUGCAGUGGUCAUAUACCGUUAGGUAAAAAUCUACUAAAGAACCCAUCAGGGGCUGAAAGUUUCUCACACUGGAAUAUUGUACAUGGAGGUGAUGGUCUCAUUGUGGAAUCUCCUCCAGUUGGGAGUGAUCCAAUUCCAGAGGAAGCAGAACUCCCAACGCAGCAUUGUUUUGUCUCAUCUUAUGGCUUCUGUAGCAGGAAGCAAGUUAUUCAUCUGCAAAGUUUGAGACUCACGUCAGUGGUAUUAAACAAGCUAAAACCAAAAUUUAUCAUAUCUGAAUGGGUAAGUGCUCGGUGGGACUGCAGGUCACAGAGCAGAUUAAUUGUUGACUUUAUUGGUAGGAAAUCCACCAAAACCAUCAAUCUGGACUGGUCCUCGGAUGAUGAUGAUGUAGUUCAGAGGCACUGGUAUGAGGUAAAAAAAACUGUAACAGAUUACCCAGCUGAUCUAUAUAAAAUUGUAUAUACCAACGUCAGCAAGGAUCGCCAGUUUUGGGCAGGUCACUUUGGUGCAAAAACUGCUGGUUCUUCAGUAAAGUUAUUGUUGUGAUUUUAUUUGCAGCUACCACUUACUACUGAUAGGGUAGAAUUUAUACAUUAUUUAGAAGUCCAAGUUCAAGCAAAUAUACUUGAUACUUAAAUUCAACUGUGUGUAUUUAAGUUGGUAAUUACUGUUAUAUGGAAAUAUUAAGAAACUCAUAAAGUAGUUGUUGAUCUUGUUAUCAUUAUUUUGAUAAUAAUUAUUUUGUGUUUUAUUGUACAUAUGUAAUGCAGAUUUUUUGUAUCUUAGCGUUAAGGCUUGAUCCAUGAUUGCAUUUGAAUUGAUCUGAAUUUCAUAUUGUUUUGCUUUCAUAUAUGAAUAACUUAUGUUCACCUUUUUCGGUUUAGGCAUAAGUCCUUCAUUAUUAUCGGUAUUGGCAAUAGUGACAAAUGACAGGAUACAUCCAUGCUAUGGAAGAAGUGUUAUAUACUCUGUACAGUUACUAUAGUUCAUAAACUAUUGUUUACAAUUAAUGUGCUUUAGAUGUAAGUUACAACACUAAAAGUGUCUGUUUGACAGUGUUCAAUUAAAUUGUUAUAAUAUUGAGCUAACAACCUAACAGGGUGUGACAGUAUAAAAGAAAAUAAGCACUAUUUAAAGGAAAUAUUGUUUUAAUGUUUUUGUUCAGUAAUAAUGUAUAGAGUAAAUCUUACUUUGGAUCAAUUAUUUUUAAUGUGGACUGUGAUAAGAUUAUUCAACUAAAUGUAGAUUUUGCAGGAUGAAA